AUGUCAUCGUCCCCUCAGAUGCACAUGCAGAGAGGGCAGCACGGCUGCAGCUCUUUGGCUCUCCUCUCAUCAGAAGAUGAACAGAGGCCUAGAGGUGGGUGCUGGCAACGGGGACACAGCAGUGAGGCUGCACACCGUGUCCGAGACCUGGCCUGUGUCCUAGCAGCUUGGGAAGGCUCCCUCAGACUUGCUGCUCCCAGGACUUCAGCCCACGAUCCCGGCCCCAGUGCUGGAGAAGAGAACGGCAGCCAGCGGUGGCCCACCUCCUCCUUGUCCAGGAGCGCCCGCCUGCUGCUCUGUCCGUGCCUGGAGACCUGCCCGCUCCAGCCUGAGGCAGCAGGCUCCCGACAGCACGCCACACGCUCUACAGCUGCCGUGGACGCCUGCGACACCCCAGGAGCAUGGGUGCUGGGUGUGGAGCAACACCAGGGAGCUUCCCAGGAGAGCAUGGCUGAAGGUCAGUCUCACCCCUGCAAGAACUCAGAGAGGACGCGCUCAGGUCCCACGACCCCGCGAUUCCCCACUCAUCCACUGAACUCUGGGACCAGGACUCGGGAACGUCUGCAGGCCUGCACUCCAGAGGCCCUGAGGUUGCUAAUUGGUGCUGUGGAGCUACUCGUUACCAUCAAGGAAUCGUGAGCUGUGCCUCCUAAUUGCUCGGUAAGAGGAGAGGACCUCCCUCCUCACGCUUCCUCCUUCAAAAGCCUCCGUCUUUGCAAGGGUCUCGAGGAACGCUGGGACCUGGACUGAGAGCAGUGUACCCGCUCACCACAGGCACCAUCCCAAGUGGGGAAAAGCCCAGAACCCGGAAGCCGUAAGAACACGGUGCCCUCGGUGAGUCAGGAGGGGCCAGCUGCUGGCCCAAGGCCAGCCCUCUGACGAGCUAGAACAGGAGCAGGAAGCAAGCAGACGGGCAGGGACGCUAGUGCUGAUGAUGCGGGUUGCCCGUGUAGGGUCCGGUGCUGGGCUAAGCAGUCUGCGUUUUGUCUCAUUAAAGCGCCAGCAAAGAACAAAGUCAGAACGGUCAUCCUCAUGGCAAAGGCAGGAACCACGGGCCUGCCUCUGUCUCUGUGUCGUGCCGACGACAUGUGAACACACGUACAGAGAGCUGCGUUUCCUCUGUGCAUCACACACGCGAAUUCUCUCCCUUCUCUGUCCUUUCCACUCACACUCCCUGUGUAAUUCUUCUGACUUUCCCCCUUUCCCACCUAAUCCUCCUCUGUUACAGACAACAGGAAGCUAAAGAAGACCCUCACAGAUGUAGCUCCAACUGGAUGAGCUUGCAGCCGGGGCCCCAGGCAGCAGGGCGACCUCCCUGGGAGAAGGACACGGCACCAUCACGGCAGUUCACUGAGUGGGGGCGACAGUUCAGAGCCGUGGAGUGAGGUCAGCCUGUGGCAUCAUCGUGAACCACCGAGGGCUUUCCGGGCACAUGCAGCAUCUUACCACUCGGCAACCCCAGGGCUGAGCGUGGAACAGAGAUGGCCAGGUAGGGCGGAGCCUAGAAGGCACAGUGCCGGGGAGCAUCUGCUUAGUCACCUGCACCUGCAGGACUAGGAGGAAGACCUGGACUCAGACCUGCUUAGACGGGCCCUGAAGCUGGGAGGGAUCCCACAAAGACCCACUGGAGGCAUCUGGACCUCGAGCCUCGCCAAAUAAAGAGUCUUGUGAAUGCCUGAGCUUCUGUGGACCUUGACUCAUAAAGUGCACACCUCACGGGGGCUGAGCUGAUCUCUAAAGCAAGACUCGGCACCCUGAGGAGAAAGAAAGAGACCCAGUCUCUGCAAAUACUGCUGACAGCGUCCAACGUCCAACAGAACAUAUGGGUAGAUGCGGGCCACAGUCGGGAAGAAAGCAUCCAUGGAAACGAGCCCAAGAUAGCUGGGGUGUUCAAGUUGGUCAAAAAAAAUUUAAAGCAGCUAUUAUAAACAUGUGAAAAGAAUUAAAGGAAGAGUCUGUGGAACUGAGAUGGGAAUUGUAUGAUCUGAAGAGCAAGAAGAAAAAAAGAUUUUUAAAAAGGAUUGAAAAAAUAAACAGAUUUAGAUACCUGCGGGCAAUUUCAAACGGUCUGACGUGGAAGCAAUUGGAGCCCCAGAAGGCAAAGAGAGAGAAAGAAAAGGGCAGGAAAAUAGCUGAAAAAAAUAUAUAUGGGCCAGAUCAUCACACAUCCAGAACCGUCCACGAGAGAAGGAACGGCUCUUUCUUACAGAAUAAUUGGGAAACACUGUCUAAAUCCAAAAAGCGCUGCAAACUCAGGAAAUAUAAAAGCAGAGACCAUGGUUACAAUAAUAAAAACUAAAAGCAAAGAGGGAAUCUUAAAAUUAGCAGGAAUAAAGGAUGCUGGAUGCUGGGAUCAACACGGGGCCAGGGACAGUGGACACCCACCUUUAAAAAGCUGGGACAGAAACAUAACUGCCAACCUGGAAGUUUGUGUCAGUGAAAAUGACCUUUCAAAGAGGGAUGGAAAUAGACAUCUAUGGAUCGAUAAAAGCUGACUACCAGCAGAGUCGUAUCCAAGGAAAGCUAAAUGACGUCCUUCAGCGGGGAGAGGAAUGUCACAGGGCUUUGGAAUCUAUGGAAAUAAACAAGCAGGGCAGAAAACGUCACGUAAGUGGUGAGCCCGAGAGGAGUAUGUGGGUUUCCUCGUGUGAUUGACUUAGGAGGAAGCCAGCUGUCCAACACACGGCGGGUACGUGUCUGACAGGACAGGAAUCCCACCGUGUGCGGGGGCCGCCCCGGAUUCCUCUCCUGUGAGCACGGUGGGGAUGGGAGAGGAAGCGCAGGAGGGGUCAGGCGGGGAGGAGGAAGCGGGAGGUCCACACAGGAGCAGAAAUGUGGGUGUUAGGCACGGAGUGUUAAUUGAACCAAA